AUGGCCGACAAGAUGAGCGGCUCCUUGACGGAGUUCUUCGAGCUCAUCAUGACCCCCUCUGCGCCCGUCAUCCUUAUCGGUGCCGCCAUCGUCCUGCUCUUCCCCAUCCUCUUGCACUACAUCCUGAUCAAGUCAACGCCCUACACGACCCUCCCCUCGGUCCUCCUCCUGGGCCCCGCCGGCGCCGGCAAGACAGCCCUCCUCACCCUCUUCGAGCGCGGCGACGCCCCCGCAUCCACGCACACGAGCCAGCGGCCCCAGACAGUCGAGCUGACAGCCUCGCGCGACAGCAAGACGGCCCAGAGCUUCCGCAACCAUGAUGACACCUCGGGCACCCACACCAAGUUCCUCCUCGUUGACACCCCGGGACACGGCAAGCUGCGCAACCACGCGAUGGCCAAGCUCGCCGGCGCCGCCUCGGACAAGUCCAAGCUCAAGGCCAUCCUGUUCUUGGUCGACGCCGCCGCCAUCGGCGAGAACGAGGUCCUCGCGCCCACCGCCGCCUACCUCUACGAUGUCCUCCUCGGUCUGCAGAAGCGCGCCUCCUCGAGCAAGUCGUCCAAGCCCCCCGCGCCCAUCCCCGUGCUCGUCGCCGCCAACAAGACGGACCUUUUCACGGCGCUGCCGGCCGCGCUGGUCAAGACGAACCUUGAGGCCGAGAUCACCCGGAUACGCUCGUCGCGCAGCAAGGGCCUGCUCGACUCGGGAGUCGGCAUCGACGACAUCGGCUCCGAGGAGCACGACGACUGGCUGGGCGCAUACGGCACGGAGAAGUUUACAUUUGACCAGCUGCGCGAGUUCGACGUUGAUGUCGACGUAAUCGCGGGCAACGUUACGGGAAGCGGCUCGGGCCCGGACAAGUGGUGGUCUUGGAUUGCGCAGCGGGUAUAA